AGGCCCCAAGGCUAUGACGAGCUACCACACGCUCAUGUACGGAGUAUGCGUUUCGUGCAUUCGCCCUGGUCCGAUCCCAGUCGGGAAUCGGACUGACCGGCACGCCGAUGGCCGCCGGGGGUGUAUAAAAAAAAAACGGGAAUGAUCCUACGAUCUGCUGCCGCAACGUCAUUUAUCCUUACUCGCAUUCAGACUGCAUUAUUGUCUCGGCUUCUUCGGCUUUUUCGCCCUCCCCUGUCCGUGAUUACUGAGAGGAAACCCUUUGCGAUUCCGCCUGUCCGUUUCCUUCCGAUCUGGUCUUCGGUCGUUGAAAGUUAUCCCGAAAAAAGAGAAAGCAAAUCCAGAGUCCAGAGACUCACCAAUUACGUUCCUUCACACGCAUAUAACCGACUCUCUUACGAAUCAAAAUGAGCUUACGGCCUUUUAACCUAUCGCGCUGGUUUUCUCAAGCGUCCAAACUAGUUCAAAAUGGGUCAUCAGCAUCAAUGACGAGGAACAAUUUCCCGCUGCAGAGGAUACCUUUUGGAUUUGCAACAAGGCGGACGUUGAUGUUCCAGAGUCGCGCUCCUCGCUUGCAAGGGAAGUUUAAGAGCGGUCAAUAUCAACAACCUGGCAUGUUCCGACGAUUUUUCAAAUCUUCGCGGGCGGACAACUCGGCGCAGUCGGAGCAGCAACCGGGGUCACUUUCACAGCGGCUACGCACACUCUCCAAGGAGUACGGCUGGUCCGCACUCUGGGUGUACUUGAUCCUGUCGGCGGUAGACUUUCCGAUUUGCUUUGCAGUCGUUCGCUUGGCUGGGGUGGAACGAAUUGGCCACUAUGAGCAUGUUAUCUCCGAGUCGGUCAAGGGGGUAAUCAGUAAAGUGUGGCCUGCUUCAGAGGAUGCCAAUCCCGGAUCGGAGGGCUCAGAUGGUCAGGCUGAGGGGAAGUCGACGGAGGCAGCUCAGGAGCAGGCUAAUGCUGGAGAAGCCAGUCUAUGGACACAACUUGCCCUUGCCUAUGCCGUUCACAAAAGUCUCAUCUUCAUCCGUGUGCCUUUGACAGCAGCCAUUACUCCGAACGUUGUGAAGGUCCUAAGGCACUGGGGAUGGGAUAUCGUCAAAGGUAGACCUAAGGGCAUGUAGGUUCUGGUGAUGAUCCGACCGACUACGGAGGAUUAGACAAUUUAUGCAGGGAACGACUCCUUGCGUAGCGUCAUUGAGUCAAGAUAUUAUAUUUAUAGAGCGCUGUACACUAGCUGUUACAUAUAAUUUUGCAGGACACAUACACAGUGUCCUUCUCCACUCAGGGAUUUUGAACCGGGUAUUUCUGUCAAAAAUGUCGCCAAAUAAGAACGAGGCGGACAAAUGUUCAAAGAAAGAUAGAAUGAG